ACGACAUGCACAUCCUUCUAUCGUAGUCGCGUUUGUUGCGAUUGUACGUCACGUGUGAUACGCGAGCGCGAGCUGCACGAACUGCGCAGGAUAAAAGCGGGAGGAAGUAACUACGCAGAGGAGUACACCCGGGAAGGUGGAAUUGCGUCACGAAUUCUCUGCGGCGAACGGUUUUUCCCUCGACGACGUAUCGCACGGUGCGAUGUAUCGUGAACAGAAGUGACGUUGCGUUGUCGUGAUUCUUGAAGCUCCGUCGCGAACGCGCGUGUGAUUUGGACUCUUCGCGGGGCCGAGCGAGGCCAUACGAUCGGAAAAAUUGCGUACAUCUCGCGGGAGGAUAUGCCGGACAGCGGCGCCGUUUACCAGCCGACCACGGUCGGUUAUACAUACGACAGCGGGGGCGAUGGCACCGGAGGCGGCAGCGGUGGCCUGAGGCACGGCUUUUGGAGGAUCAUGUCUAGACACAAGCUCAGCUCCCGCAAAUGGCUCGAAUGGGUGUUACUGUCGGUCGGAUUGUGCUUCUUCGUCGGUGGUCUCGCGACGAUUCUCGUCAGCUUCGUCUGCACACCAUCGCGAACAAACGUGUCGGAGGCCAAGCAAGAGGAUCAUACAACGGUAGUUCCAGAUAUAACACAGCAAGUGGAAGAUGCAGAAGACAGCUCUGUAGCAUUGGGCGCCUCCAUGAUGAUAGUUGGUGUGUUACUCGGCUUAGCCUGGGGAUGGCUGUACUUCUUCUGCCGUAACAAAUCACCAAGGAAUGGCAUGACCAGCAGCAGUGGCCAGAUGUUGGGCGGUUUGAAUCCAUCGACUGACUUGCUGGUGGGUUCCACUUCGCAGUACGGGCCAGUACUCACGGAGGUACCGAGCCAGCUGAAGAUGAAGCAAGCGGGCUCGCACGACACGCCGGCCUUGCCGCUUUCCGAUCAAGAGGAAGAAACGCACACGCUAAUGCAGGACUCUGCGAACCCGCCGGCCGUUUCCGUCGGAUCCGGCGUCAUCGUUAAUCAGGUCCCAGGUUGAGUACGCAAAUCGUUCGGUCGUUUUCCGCACGCUCGUUCGUAACGCGUGAUGGACGAGAGAUCGCUUUGGUUUUUUAUAAAUCUUCUACACACGUUGCUCUCCUGCGAGAAGAAUUUACCACGACUUUCGCCAAUCUCGCGGAUCCUGUCUCAUUUUACCUUCGGGACCCGGGGGGUAUCGUCCCUGUUUUAUUUUUCGGAGUCAAUCGCACGUCUGUUCUCGAGGCCAUCAUGGCGACAAUUUUGUGAUUAAUCGAUUUUAUGCCAUUCAACGAAAAAUUGCUUUAUUAUUCUUUGCCGUGUUUUUGUACGGUUCGCCUGACUCGUGUGACUUUUAUUUUAAUAUUAAGCAUAGACUUUUACUUUAAUAUGCACAAUCGCAAUUUAAGAGAUCUCAUUUAUAUACAUAUAUAUAUAUAUACAUAUACAUGUAUACAUUUAGACGCGUUGGUACUUAUCCCUGUUUUUUGCCUACGCAUUCCUCCACUCCGUCCAUUGCCUCAUCGUUGAUAUGUUAAGCGAGCAUUGGAUCCAGAUAGAAAAAACGCAUUUUACAGGUUAUGUAUGUUAAAGCAGUUGCGUUACGAUCGUGUCGAUUUCUAUGUGAUGAGUUUUAUAAUGAUCUUUUUUAUCGGAAACACAUAUUGAACUUGUCGCAAGAUAUUCUUUAACUUGUGUUUUCAUCAUUGAGGAAUCACAUUUGCUGUUAUAAAUACUUUGGACGAACCUACGCGCGGUCGAGCACUUCUCGAGACCUUGCCCUAAUUGAACGUGCUCUCAUGAUAUUUAUAUAUUCUUGCGUACGUACUUUUAAGUAUCGGAUCUAAAUUAGUACCCGUGGUGACAGCCCGUAGUCGUCAUCGACUAUGUAUGUAUAAUGUAAAUUGAGGGUCGCACAUUGGAGCAUGUACAUCAAUUCAGUCAAUAACUGUCACUGUAUUAGUACAUGAACGAUUAUGUAUAUAUUAGAAUAAUGUGUGUAUAAGGCAUAUAAGACGAAAUAACUGCAACUCGAAAGAUGAAUUUUAAAACGUUUUCACGAACGUGUUCUCUCUCGAUCACGCCACCACAAUGCACAAUUUUCAUUGUUCCGGUUUCUUUUUACACUUCCGUGUAAAAUCUCUGAUACUAUUGUACAAUCGUCAUUUUAUAUUGCACGUGAUUUUUUUACAUACUGAUCUAUGAUGGAUAUAUUUGCCCUUCAAUGGGAUACUUAUCGUGCUGGAGCAUUUUCUAUGAGUACACAAUUAAUUUAGUCCUCGAGUCGUAUGCAAAUAUAAUGUAAAUGUAGAAUCUAGUAGGGUAUUUAACAUUAAAUAACGUUGCUUUCGGAGCAAAAUAUAUGAUAUUGUAUAAAACACCAAUUCGAGCUAAUUUUUAUACAUUUAUUGUCAUUGCUGAAGCUAUGUGUUCAGUUUUAUGAUAUGUGAUAACGAUUUUUGAGGAACUAUCGAAGGACGGCCUGAAAAUUCGUCUGAAUUCAAUGCUGUUGUAGAUUCAAGCACAUGUAUAACAUCACCAAUUUUUAACAUUUGCGUGAGGUUCUUAUUUUACGUUCGUUAUUGAACUGUAUACUAAUUUGUGUAAAUGUUCUGGGAUAUGUAAGUCAAAUAAACAUACGAUAUAAUCUA